AUGGUUGCGAUCCGACAGUUGGCCUACGGCACCACAACGGACAUGUUAGACGAGUACCUUCACGUCGAGGAGACAACUGGUCGCGAGUUCCUGAAGAAAUUUUGUAGGGGAGUUAUGGAGGCUUUCUACAACACAUAUUUGCGAAAGCCUACUACUGUCGAUUGCCAGACCCUGAUGAACAUGCACGAGACGGUGCACGGCUUUCCUAGAAUACUAGGGAGCAUAAAUUGUAUGCACCGGGAGUGGAAUAAUUGUCCGACAGUGUGGAGAGGUCAAUUUACUAGUGCAUACAAGACGAUCAGCUGUACAAUGGAUAGUCGCCGAGCUUUAUUUGCCCAACGGCAGGAGGCUGCGCGGAAGGAUAUGGAGCGGACAUUUGGUGUGCUCCAAGCCUGUUGGGCAAUAGUGAAAGGCCCGGCACGUUUCUGGUGCAAGGAAGACAUCGCCGAUGUCCUGUAUGCGUGCAUCAUCUUGCAUAACAUGAUAGUCGAACACGAAGGUGGAAGCGUCACCGAUUGGGGCGAUGAUGAAGCGACUCCGCCCCACGUUCGAGGAUUAUUGAUGGGCUACAAUGAGGUUCUAGCGGCACAAGCCUCAAUGUGCAACCAACAAGAUCAUGCUCGGCUCAUGUCCGACAUGGUUGAAGAAAUUUGGGCACGUAUCCGCAGCUGA